UGUUAUUUAUGCCGGUUUGACCGUGUUUAGUUCGGUUAGCAGAGCGAAUUAACGUCCACUGAUCUAAAUAACGUCAGAAAAACAAACCGUCAGAGUUAAUUAACAGGAGCAGAGAUGGACCGACACCAGAAACUGCUGCCUGACGUCACGGACGCGGGUUUAAACCCGAGAGGAAUAAGAAAAGGUGGUGUGGUGAAAGAGGAGCAGCAGGAGUUGAGCUGCUGUGUGGACCAGGAGGACCCUGAGCCCCCACACAUUAAAGAGGAAGAGGAGGGAGAGCAGCUUCACCAGCUGGAGGAGGCUGAUAUCACCAAGUUACCAUUCACUCCUGUCGCUGUGAAGAGUGAAGAUGAUGAAAAGAAACCUCCGUCUUCCCAGCUUCAUCAAACAGAGGCUGAUGGAGAGAAUUGUGAAGGACCAGAACCAACCAGGAACUCAGAUCCAGACCCAGAUUUAGAACCAGAGACUGAAGACAGGUGUGGAGACUCAUCUGAGGCGGAGACUGAUGACAGUGAUGAUUGGACAGAGAGCAGAGAAGCUCCUGUCAGUGAUUCAUCAUGUAGAGCUGGAGAGAAACCAUUCAUCUGCUCUGAGUGUGGGAACACAUUUGGUCGUAAGGACAAUCUGCAGCAACACAUGAAAACUCAUACUGGAGAGAAACUGUUCAGCUGCUCUGAGUGUGGGAAAAGAUUUUGCACAAAAGCAAAGUUGAAGAUUCACAUGAGAACUCAUACUGGAGAGAAACCGUUCAGCUGCUCCGUCUGUAAGAAAUGUUUCACACAGAGAGGGAAUCUACAGACACACAUGAAGAAUCACUCAGGAGAGAAACCGUUCAGGUGCUCCAUUUGUGAUAAAAAAUAUGUGUGUAAAGCUGAUCUAAUGAGACACAUGAAAACUCAUACAGGAGAGAAACCAUUUGUUUGCUCAGUUUGUACUAAAACAUUUAUGGACAGAACAAACCUGAUGCAGCACAUGAGUAUUCACACAGGAGAGAAAAGAUUCCGCUGCAGUUUUUGUCACCAAAGAUUCAUUUGGUAUAAUCAGCUGCAAAGACAUAAAUGUGCUGGUCCCCAGUCGUCACAGUGUCAUCAGACUCAAAAUGAGGAGGAUAGAGGGGCGGAGCCUCAAGCCAGCAGGUCAGGAGCUGAUGGAGAGCACUGUGGAGGACCAGAACCAACCAGGAUCUCAGAUCCAGAUUUACAACCAGACACUGAAGACAAGACUGGAGACUCAUCUGAAGUGGAGACUGAUGACGGUGAUGAUUGGAUGGAGAGCAAAGAAGCUCAGUCAGGUUUAAAGUCUCCUAUCGGUGAUUCAUCGUGUAGAAUAGGAGAGAAACCGUUCAGCUGCUCUGAAUGUGGGAACAGAUUUGGCCAGCAGAUAGAUCUGAAGAUACACAGGAGAUGCAGUCAUCCACGAGAGAAACCGUUCAGCUGCACUGUUUGUCAGAAAAGUUUCACAGAGAAAUGGCAUUUACAGAGACACGAGAGAAUUCACUCAGGAGACAAAAGAUACAGCUGCUCUAUUUGUCUACAGAAGUUCACGUGGCGUCGUGAGCUGAAAAAGCAUCCAUGUGAAGGACCGAAACCCGCCAGGAGCCGAGUCCUGCUGCCACGCCCCCCCACUGAUCAGCCCGUACUAUUUGUGUACCUGUAGGUAGUCAGUACUUCUGCUGACAUGAGUGAGGUACUGAGAGCUAAUAUCAGACUCGUGUUUAUGAUGACAUGGGAUUCAUGUUUGUAUAUUUAGACUGAACUUUACAGAGCACUUGAUUCCUGUGUUGAGAUGAUGUCUCAUGUUCAGUGUGACUAACUCUGUAUUAACUUCAACUUCUCUUAGAUAUUGGCCUGCACAAUAUUAAUAAUAAUUACACAUAAUUUGUAAUAAAAGAUUCACUCAGGAACAGAAACAUUUUAGGACUGAAAAAUACUCUGUUACAGCAAUACAGACUAAAAAUGAAACAUGUUAAGUGAUCAAUCAGUCAAUCUUUAUUUAUAAAGCACUCUUCAUAUAGGGAUGUAGCACAAAGUGCUUUACAUGGUCAAAAAGGAAUGCAUGAGCCAUCUGCACCGGGAGCUGAUCACAGCCCGUGGCUACCAGGACGCUGACACGGAAACCACCCCGAUACGGGCAGACAGAUGAGCCCACACCACCGCCAUAAGGGCAGAGUGCAGACCCCCCACCCAACCCAGCCAAAGCAACCCAUGAGGCAGCGCAGUAAAAUAUAAUGUUGAACGCUAAACAAUAGAUAGGACAUAAAAAUAACAAUUAAAACAUCAGUAAAAGACUAAGAAUGGCAAUAUAAUAUCAAUGAAAAACUGAGAAUGACAUUAAAACAUUGGUAACGGACUAAAAAUGACAUUUUAACAUCAGUAAAAGACUAAGAAUGGCAUUAAAACCUAAGUAAAAGUCUUGAUGACAAUAAAACAUCAACAGACUAAGAAAAUAUUAGUUAAAGGCUCAAAUAAAUAGGUAGGUCUUGAGCCUGCUCUUAAAAAUAUCAACAUUCUCUGCAGCCCUCAGGUCCUCCGGCAGGCUAUUCCACAAACAGGGGCCAUAAUACUGAAAAGGUGCCUCACCGUGAGUACCUGUUCUAACUUUAGGAGUAAUUAAGAGGCCAGUGCCGGAGGACCUCAGGGUCUGCGAGGGUUCGUAGGGUGUAAGCAAGCCAAAACCAUUAAGACAUUUAAAAAACAUUAAAAGAACCUUAAAAAUCAAUCCUGAAACAUACGGGGAGCCAGUGCAGUGAUUUUAAAAGAGGUGUAAUGUGAGCCUGACUUCUGGUCUUUGUCAGUACACAUGCAGCUGAGUUCUGUAAAAGUUGUAGGCCUGAGAUACUUUUUUGGGAAUAGCAGAAAGCAGGGCAUUACAGUAAUCAAUACGACUGGAGAUAAAAGCAUGCAUCAGCGUCUCCAUGUUAGACCCGAGAGAGAAAAGGGCGGACUCUGGCUAUGUUUUUUAGAUGAUAAAAACCUGUUUUUGUUACAUGCUUAAUGUGAGAAAUAAGAGUAAGCUCAGAGUCAAAAAUGACGCCUAGGAUUUUAACCAACUGAUGAUUAAAACUUCAGUUUUGUCCUGGUUGAGUUGUAAAAAGUUUUCUGCCAUUCAGGAUUUGAUGUCCAAGAUACAGUUAAAAAGGGCAUCAACUGGCCCUGUGUCAUCAGGGGACAUGGAGAUGUACAGCUGUGUAUUAUGAGCUUAACUGUGGAAGUUAAUACCAUGUCUCCUGAUGACACAACCAAUUGGGAGCAUGUACAAAUAAAAAAGCAGGGGACCUAAAAUUGAGCCUUGGGGCACACCACAUUUAAUUUCAUGGAUCUCUGAGGAGUAUGUAUCCAUACUUACCAAAAAUGUUCUAUCUGUGAGAUAGGAAGGGAACCAAAUAAGAACAGUACCAGUCUGUUUAAAAGAAUAGGGUGAUCUACUGUGUCGAAAGCAGCUCUUAGAUCCAGUAGCACCAGGACUGAUAACUUGUGUGAGUCCAAGUUACACCUGAGAUCAUUGACAAUCUUCAGUCGGGCUAUCUCUGUUCUGUGAUUCAUCCUAAAUCCAGAUUGGUAUUUUGGUAAGAUGUUAUUAUUAUGUAAAAAAUCAUAAAGCUGAAUAAAAACAAGUUAAAUGUUUUUGCUUAGAAAAGGUAAGUUGGAUACUGGUCUGUAGUUGUUAAGAACAUUAGGGUCCAAAUUCCAAAUUCUAUGAAGCCAGAAGAAAGUAAUCAAUGAACUAAACUUCAUAAUUGCCUUAAAGACAUAAAAACCUGGAU